UAAACCCGUUUCUCAAUCUGCUCCGCCUCUUUCAUCUCACGUCUCUUUACCUUGAGCCCGCCGCCGACCUCGUCUUUCCUUGAUUGUACACUCAUUUUUUCAAUCGUUCACCCAUUCUUUCAAACGCAAUGUUCACCAAAGCAAUUGCUGCGAUCCUAGCUUUGCCCUUGGUGGCACAAUUUGUUUCUGCAGACACCUGCACUCGCACUUACACCGCUCAGGCUGGCGAUAUCUGUGACAGUAUUUCGGCAGCCAACGAUGUUUCCACGUACCAGCUUGCUGUCGUCAACGUCGGAAUCAUCGACGAAGGAUGCGACAACCUUGUCGUUGGCCAGAAUUACUGUCUUGGAUGGCAAGGUCAGGACUGCACGACCACUUAUGUAGUCCAGCAAUACGACGAUUGUUAUAUUGUUUCUUCCAACGCGGGCAUCAACACCACUAUCCUGUACGAAAACAACCCGCAGAUCAACGAGGAUUGCAGCAAUAUUUACAUUGGAGAGGUAUUGUGCACAGCGAACACUGUCCAAGUCCCUCCUGCCCCUGAUGGCACUACCCCCGCUACGACAAUCCCUGCAACCGCUACUCCUGCCAACCCUGACGGCGACCUCCCUUGGUGUGACGAGUAAAUUCCUUGGCCUCCACCAUCCUGCUACACUUUCGAGUGUAUGUCGCACGGGUGAUGACAGGCUGGUCGUGUCGUCGUUUUGGUCACCUUAUUCCCUUUUUCAUUCUGAACUUUAUCACAUUGUUUUUCACAACCAGAGUUACCCCCGGUGGUGGUAUACCCAGCAAUAGUAACUCCAUCUUUGCACUUUAUUACCUUGAAUUCUUCACAUGUGGUAAUUCUGGUAAUUCCCCUUACAUUCGAGGGAAUAGAUCGCGGUCUUAUAGGGCUUGCCCUUUGUGAUGACCAUUUACAUACGCCGUU